GUCUACAGUGCAAUGCACCACAAGACGUGGCAGCUGUUGUUCCCGAAAACCUACAAUGGCAAACAACUCCACAGGGAGCGACGCAGGUGUAAACAACAGCGGUGAUGUGGGAUAUCUUAUUGAUGAGACAUUCACCUUUAACACCAUUACUGGUGCCUUCUUUAUUUUGAUCUUCAUCUUCAGUGUUAUGGGAAACUGUUCCCUGUUAUAUGUUCUCGUUGUCUGUGAAAACCUGAAAAAUAUCACAAAUGUAUUUGUCCUGAACAUGGCCUGCUCUGAUUUGAUCUUCACUGUCACACUUCCAUUCUGGGCUGUCUAUCACCUGCACCACUGGAUCUUUGGUGACUUUGCCUGCAAAUGUCUGACUCUGUUAUACUUUGUAGGUUUUUACAGUAGCAUCAUUCUACUGACUGCCUUGACUGUGGAUCGUUUCAUAAUAGUGGUGCUGUACAACUGGCCAAUCAAGCCUGUCAAGAGGCAGAGGUGUGCAAUGGUUGCCUGUGCAGCUGCCUGGGCCAUCAGCAUUGCUGCAUCUGUGAGUGAUGCCUACAAAGUACAGGUGAAAAGCCACUUGCAUUUUUCAACAUGUGAGGAAUCUUCAGAUAUCUCUGAUGUAAAGCUGGGAUAUUAUCUCCAAGUGUCACUGCUCUUUUUCCUCCCAUUUGCCAUUAUUGUUUUCUGCUAUUCUGCCAUCCUCAAGACAGUUUUGCAGGCAACAAACAGAAAAAGGCAUAUGACUUUAGUGGUGGUGUUACGUAUUGUUGCAGCCUUCUUCAUCUGCUGGGGACCUUACAAUAUUUUGCUUUUCAUCUGGUCUUUGUACGAACCUGAAAGCCCUGACGAGGAGGAACGCUUUACCAUUGCGUAUGAAAUUUGUCGUAUACUUGCUUAUUGUCACUGCUGUAUGAACCCUCUGCUCUAUAUGCUCUCGCAAAAGUUGCGAAGGCAUCUUUUGAAUCUUUUAUGCUGCAGGAAAGCAUUGAGGAAGAACAGGGAAAGAGAAACUGGUCAAAACACUUCUGUUUUUCAGAAUGUAGCUUUAACAGCACAAAACUCUGCUGUUAUGUUAGAACUACAUUCCAGGUAGUCUUUUGAAAU